GCCUGGAAGAUGACUCUGGCUACACCGCACUUUUCCAGAGGGACCAGCAGUAUCGACGGCAACGCUCGCUUCUUGCCACCAGCAGCAACAGCACUCAGCGCGCCCUCCCGACCACUGGGAGCCCUCCCGUACCUCAGGUGAGGGUGGCCUUCUCGGCGAUGAGCAACAGUGGUCAGGUCAUCAAGGUCAAGAAGGGGAGUGUUUGGCCGCCAAGCCACUACAACAGUUACGUGCCUCCCUAUGCAGAGCACAUCGAAGGGGUGCAGCGCUUCAAGGGAAACUACAUUGCCUUCUCAGGAGCGCAGAGCGAGGCAGGCGACCUGUUCAUUGCCACCUUGCAGGGUGGAUCGGGACGCCUUGGCUCAGCGAGUGGGCAGGUCGUGAAGAGGGUGAUUGUGGACUCAACGUUUACGCAUGCUGGGGGCUUUCAGAUCUGCGGUGAUCUGCUCGCCAUUGGGGCUGAAGCACAGUGUUCGCCGUUUCAAAGAGUUUUGGGCGGCUGUGCAAAAAGGUCCAAGGUGCUGUUUUUUGACGUAUCUGAUCCAUUGAAUCCAGUCAAGCUACCUUCCGUGAUUGACCGGCCUGGAAAAACGGCUGGUGCCGUAGGAAUUGCUCGACAAGCGAAUGGGAAGUGGCUUGUGAUGGUGGGUGAUACUGACAACGACAACAUUGACCUUUAUGUCGAGCAAGAUGAUACAUCUUUCAAACCUGUCGCGUCCUGGAACAAGAGGGAGUUGCUGAAAGAUGCAGGAGUGGAAGGCAGCUACAAGUCCUACCAGAACAUGAACGUGCUUCUGCAGAGCGAUGGGCAGAUAUUUAUGGUUUGCACCGCUUUGUCUUCUAUGUUCAUGGGCUCUGAUUACUUCGACCUCUUCACUGUGCAGCCAGCGAGCAAUGGGAGGGCAACCAUCACCAUGGUUGCUUCCAAGAAGGCAACCUGCCACGGCUGCACCUUCGCAGCAGCGGCUGGGAUUUACGUGAACCCGCAGGAUCCUUCGCAGUUGCUCGGCUACGCAUCUGGCUGGCUGCCAUCCUCAACCUCGUUUUCUAGUAUCCCGGUGCCUGGCGACACAAUUUUCGUCAAUGAGUUCUGA